CAUUGCUGUAUGUAUAACGGGGUGCGACUGUACUGACGUGUGUUGUGUGUGUUGUCUAUCAUAUGUUGUCUGUAGUCGUCAUCGAAAACAAUACAACAAAACUAAACAAUCAUUUGAUUGUCGUUUCAAUCGUCGCUUCAAUUGAGCCCUAAAUAGCCAUUGAAUAGCCAUUUGUGGCCUAAAUCUCAUCCAAACAUCACUUUUUGGGCCAAAUCUCGUACAAAAUGAUCGACAGUUUAUUCAUUAUCAACCAAACGGGCGACAUCUUUAUGGAGAAGCACUGGAAGUCUGUGGUUCACCGAUCGGUGUGCGACUACUUCUUGGAGGCCCAACACCGGCAGCCGUCGCCCCACAACAUCACACCAGUGAUGGCUACUCCACACCAUUAUCUCAUUUCCAUCUAUCGGUGCGGUCUAUAUCUGGUGGCCGUCACUCACAACGAGAUUCCGCCCCUAUUUGUCAUCGAAUUCCUCCACAGAGUUGUCGACAAUUUCAUCGAUUACUUCAAUGACUGCAACGAAUCGCUUAUUAAAGAGCAUUACGUUGUGGUCUACGAGCUGUUGGACGAGAUGCUGGACAAUGGCUUCCCGUUGGCCACGGAGUCCAAUAUACUUAAGGAACUCAUUAAACCGCCCAAUAUUUUGCGGACAAUCGCUAAUACAGUGACCGGACGGACAAACGUGAGCGCAACUCUACCGUCGGGUCAGUUGUCGAACGUCCCGUGGAGGCGGACGGGCGUCAAGUAUAACAAUAAUGAGGCCUAUUUUGAUGUGAUCGAAGAGAUCGAUGCCAUUAUCGAUAAGAGCGGUUCCGUUGUUUCCGCUGAAAUACAAGGAUAUAUCGAUUGUUGUAUAAAACUGUCGGGAAUGCCAGACCUGAGCCUCUCGUUCGUGAAUCCGCGCCUCUUCGACGACGUGUCGUUUCAUCCGUGCGUUCGGUUCCGGCGCUGGGAGUCCGAGAGAGUGCUGUCAUUCGUUCCCCCGGACGGCAACUUUCGGCUCAUGUCCUAUCAUAUCGGCGCACAGAAUAUGGUGUCGAUUCCCCUUUACAUCAGACAUCACAUCUCAUUCAAAGAUGUCGGCCACGGAAAGAUCGAGAUACAGGUCGGGCCUAAACAAACCAUGGGCAAACUUUUGGAAGCGGUUAUAAUCGAGAUAUUAAUGCCGAAAACAGUGCUGAACGUAAACGUGACGCCAACUCAGGGCAAGUACUCGUUCGAUCCGGUGUCCAAACUGUUGGUCUGGGAUGUCGGCCGUAUGGAAGCGGGAAGACUGCCCAACAUUAAGGGUAUCAUCAAUUUACAGAGCGGUGCACCCCUUCCCGACGCCAACCCCACAGUACUCGUCAAAUUCAAUAUCAGUCAACUCUCCAUUUCAGGCCUCAAAGUGAAUCGACUCGACAUGUAUGGCGAGAAAUACAAACCAUUUAAAGGAGUGAAAUACAUGACAAAAGCCGGUAACUUCCAAGUGAGGACAUAA